AUGUCUACGAUGCAGUGCGCAUAUGCCAUCCUCUUGUUCACGGCGGGCCAGGCCCCGACGAUGGAUCGCUUAGUUAUAACGAGUUUUGGCGCCGAUGCUCAUUACGGUGUCUACGCGCCGCUUCCGACCGGCCAUUUCCCCGUGCCUUAUGAUGCCUCAGGCAUCUACACGACCAGGAGCGAGGUCAAGGGACCCGGCACCUAUAACAAGUACUACUGCACAGAGGACUUGAACUCAGCGACACUGGUGCAGAGGCUUGUUGCCGGCCUCACACCCCUGCCAGCCAGCAACCAUUACUUCUUCGGCACGUCGCCUGAAGAGCUCGAGGCCUGCGAGGAAGCCAUCCCGGAGCCGGAGGAUCCAGACGCAGCGCCGCCUGCCAUGUCUCAAGUUAUGCAGACACCGGCGUGUACUGCGCGUGUCCUCGCGGGCCUGGCGCGGGCAGGACGCCUUUCCAUCAUCGGCCCGCACGACGCCUUCGCCCCGCCGGCCAGCGCCGCGCCCCGAACAAUUCACGCCGACACGCCAGUGCCGAUGGUUGAUCUCAUAGACGCCAAUCACGCCUUCCGGCGCUGGGGCGCGAACCGUAUCCGCGCGUUCGCCUGGUACCAAGGCCAUCUACAACUCUUCGCCAAAUGCCCGGAUCAGGAUGUUUGGUAUCUAUACCAGGGCAUCGGUAACGAGACGCGCGGCGCCGACCACAUCUCAAAAUUCGUGAGAGAAAUCAAUUUUGACUACGGCUACUCCUCCAAACUCCUCCGCGUCGGCGAGGAUCCCCAUCAACCCGGCGAGGCCAACGAAACCUCCAUCCAUUACAAAGAAACAAACACUUUGUGGGAUGCUCUCAGACCAUCAUCUCUGUGGGGCGUCGUAGGUAGGUGGGAAGAUUGUGAUAUCAAGGACACAGACUACUACUUUUCCUGA